AUGAGAGAAAACGAGUGGCCGAAGAGUCGGUUGAGUGACGACACCCAGCGAGGAAUUGAGGCAAAUCCUAAACAGAUCACCGCCAUACUUGACCUCCCCAGCCCAAAAACCGGCAGAGAAGUCCAACGACUCACAGGAAGAAUCGCGGCCCUGAAUCGCUUCAUUUCCAGAUCUACGGACAAAUGCCUUCCUUUCUACGAGCUGUUGCGGGGAAACAAACGCUUCGUUUGGGAUGAGAAGUGCGAAGAGGCGUUCAAAAAACUCAAGGAGUAUCUCACAACUCCUGCCGUAUUGUCCAAACCCGAAACCGGCGAUACACUCUCCCUCUAUAUCGCCGUAUCCUCAACCGCAGUCAGCAGCGUCCUCAUCCGAGAGGAUCAAGGAGAACAUAAGCCUAUCUUCUACACGAGCAAGCGCAUGACUGAUCCGGAGACUCGAUACCCUACCCUUGAGAAGAUGGCUCUCGCCGUUGUAACAUCGGCGAGAAAGCUGCGUCCCUACUUCCAGUCGCACACAAUCGAAGUAUUGACAAUUCAACCAUUGCGAACGGUGAUGCAGAAAACUAAUCAAUCCGGACGGUUAUCGAAGUGGGCUAUCGAACUCAGCGAGCACGACAUUGUCUUCAAGAAUCGAACAGCCGCGAAAUCUCAAGUCCUCGCAGAUUUUCUCAUCGAGCUCGCACCAGAGCUCGAGCAAGACCUAAUCCUCCCGAGUCAAAAUUGGAUACUCCACGUCGACGGGUCGUCGACAAACAAAGGAUCAGGAGCGGGAGUGCAGUUGCAAUACCCGACAGGAGAAUUGAUCAGACAGUCGUUCAGCUUCGGCUUCGCUGCUUCAAACAAUGAAGCAGAGUCCGAGUCGUUGAUCGCAGGACUACGACUCACCAAGGCAGUCAAGGCAAGACGCCUCAGCGCAUACUGCGACUCACAACUCGUAACUAGUCAGUUUAGUGGCGACUACAACGCCCACAACAAACGAAUGGAUGCAUACCUUAAGAUCGUCCAAGCACUCGCCAAAGAUUUCCAAUUCUUCGAACUCACCAAAGUAGCAGAUCGCGUUCAGGUGAAACGUACCAUUCCUAUCCACAAGAUCGACAAACCAAGCAUCGACCUGACUCCCAACGAGACCGCCGUCGUAGCACCAAUAACCGAAGUCACGCCCGCAGAUCAAGUCUUCGAAGAGGUGUCAAAUGACACCAUUGACUGGAGGACAGAAUUUAUCGACUAUUUGGUCGAUGGAAAGCUACCUUCCGAGAAAUGGAUUGCAAGACGACUCAAGACGCGGAGUUCCCAUUAUGUCGUCCUCGAUGGAGAACUCCACCAAUGGACCGCAACCAAGGUGCUUCUGAAGUGCAUCAAAGGCGAGGAGACGCAUUUAGUCAUGGCUGAAACGCAUGAAGGCGCUGCAGGAAAUCAUUCUGGAGGUCGAGCACUUGCUUUAGAAGUAAAGAGUCUCGGUUUCUACUGGCCAACAAUGAAUGCAGACUGCAAAGCUUACGCCCAGCGAUGCGAUCAGUGCCAGCAACACGCCUCGACGAUCCACUCCCCGACGCAGUUACUACGAACAAUGACAGCUCCAUACCCUUUCAUGCGAUGGGGAAUGGACAUAAUCGGCCCGAUGCCGAGUUCUCAACAGAAACGCUUUGUCCUGGUCUUGACAGACUACUUCACGAAGUGGAUUGAGGCGGAAGCGUUCGCAAGCAUCACAGAAAAAGAGGUCCAACGAUUUGUGUGGAAGAACAUCAUCUGUCUCCACGGCCUACCCUAUGAGAUAGUGACUGACAACGGCUCCCAAUUCAUAUCGAACAAAUUCCAAGAGUUCUGCGAGAGAUGGAGAAUCCAACUCAACACAUCAAGUCCACGAUAUCCCCAGAGAAACGGUCAAGCCGAGGCGACCAACAAAAUCAUAAUAGACGGUUUGAAAAAACGCCUCGACCUAAAAAAAGGAUAUUGGGCAGACGAACUCGACGGUGUUCUCUGGUCACACAGAACAACUCCUCGAGGAGCAACGAAAUCAACUCCUUUCUCGAUGGCACACGGAGUCGAAGCCAUGGCUCCCGCCGAACUCAACGUAACCAGUCUGCGACGAUCGACGAUGCCGCAGAAUGUCGAGCUCAACAGCGAUAUGCUCUUCGACGCCCUGGACGCUAUAGAAGAACGCCGCGACCAAGCACUGCUCCGCAUCCAAAAUUAUCAGCAUCAGAUCGAAGGUUACUACAACAAGAAGGUCAAGUCUCGACCUCUUGAACUGGGCGACAUAGUACUACGCAAAGUGUUCGAAAACACUAAGGAGCUGAAUAUAGGCAAGCUCGGAACUAACUGGGAAGGGACAUACAAAAUUACUCAAGUCGUUAAACCAGGAGUCUACCGACUCGAGACGUCGACCGGCGAACCCGUUUCCAGAGCAUGGAACUCCAUGCACCUUCGAUGA